CUCCUUGUCUCUCAGCCUUUCUGCUCUGGGGCCAGCACUCCAUCAUGCAACAAGUGGCCCUGAGCCUGUUCAUCCUCCUGGCAGGCCUGCCUGCACUGGAGGCCAACGACCCAGAAGAUAAAAACAGUCCUUUUUACUAUGACUGGCACAGCCUCCGGGUCGGCGGGCUCAUCUGUGCCGGGAUUCUGUGUGCCAUCGGCAUCAUCGUCCUCGUGAGUGAGUGGAGGAACAGGCAGGGGAGUGGGGCAGGGCAGUGCUGUGGGUCCCCCUCAACUGUUCCCCUCUCCCCAACAGGUGGGAAAUGCAAAUGCAAAUUCAGCCAGAAGCCCAGACACCGACCAGGGGACACUCCACCUCUUGUCACUCCAGGCUCUGCCCACAACUGUUGAGGACAGAUCCACGAAAGAGCACAGAGGGCCUCUCUCUUUCCCUACGUCCUGAUUCUGCACAGGAAACUCACUCCAGGAUGGAAUCCUCCCUCCUCUUCUCAGAAAGGCUUGCCAGGCCUCAUCUCACUUCUCAAUGGAGGCUUCUCUUUGUUAAAUUUUCAAUCUAAAAUGAUCUUCCUCUUGCCCAAGCA